AUGUCGUAUCCUAUGAAAGGGAAUUUUCGUGUUAAAAAAAUUUGGAAUAAUUUUAAUAAUCGCCAAGCAAAAAUUUUUCAGAAGUUAAUGGUUAAAGACAAAACUAAAGGGUUAAAAAAUGUUAACAAUUCUAACCAAUCAGUUAAAAUUGGUAAUUUAUCAAUGGAAGAUUCUAAAAUACCUUCAAAAAGAGUAUCUGUAUUAAACAAAACUUUUAUGCAAAAUAUUAGUGCCAUAAUGACAAGUGGAAAUCACUCGUCAAAACUGUUAGGUUUAGGAAUAGAAAUAACUAAGGUUCAAAUAAGUAAUAAUUUUAAAUUUGCUUCUAUAUAUUGGACUUCACCGAAAAAAAAUCAUGAAAUUACAGCGACAAUUUUAGAAAAUGCAGCUAACGAGUUAACACAUGAAAUAGUUGCCUCGAGAAUUAUGGGAAAAUGCCCUAAAAUUCAAUUUGUGAGAGACACUUAUUUUGAAAAUAUGAUGAAUGUCAAUACUAUAUUAGAUAAUUUAAAAAUAAAUGAAACCAUAGAAAACACUGCUGAGGUUAAGGCAGUAAAAUCGCCUCCUGCCGAGUUUCCUAAAAUGAGACAUAAUGUGUUAGGUCUUGACCAUGCAGCAUACACCCAAAGAAUUCAAGCGAUAAGGAGUUGA